UCCAUGUUUGGGGGGGGGUGUGAUUAUCCUGGAGCUGAUCCCUGAGGAGCAGAUGGCGAAGGGUGGCUUACCUUCAGCCAGCACACAGCUUCCCAAGGUGCUGCCUCAUUCCAAACCUGCAGUCAUGUUCUUGCAGGAUGUGAAGGUGGUCUUCCUGGGCUUGCUGCUGGCCGCUCACCUCCUGCUGGGAUCAUCGCUCUCGCCCGCGUCCUCCUACGAGUUCACGGCUCACAGGAUGCAGCAGUACAACCUGCUGAAGCACAGGCAUGGUUGCCGUGGCGCCCUGGUGGUGGCCGAGGCUCGCUCCGCUGACGAGCCGGUGCUGACCCGGCGCUGUGUGGUCAUGAGGGUGUGGGACUUCACCACAGAAACGUACCAGCGGGCACAGAGACAACACGCCGCCGCCGUCCUCAUCCUGCUGCCUCGCAACAUCUCCAGUCUACCCCAACAAGUCAUCCAGUCCUUCAUGGUCAGUGAGAGCGAAGCCCUGAUGGAGGAGACCCUCAUGCCGGUGUAUGUGGCCCCUGAGGACCAGCAGCUCCUCUACAUGUACGAGGAGGUCAAGAAGACGGCAUCCACACGGACCUCCUCCAUAUUCAUCCGAGUCUUCCGAAGUAUGGUGACCGCCACGGCCUUUCAGAUCUUGGUGAGCAACAACGGUCCCAUCAAGGCCAUCACUGACAGCACUCUGGUCACACUGGAGGGCGUACUUCCUGGAGCAGGCGAGGACAUACCCACCAUUGUGAUUACUGCCCACUAUGAUUCCUACGGACUAGCACCGUGGUUGUCCUUUGGAGCCGACUCUAACGGCAGUGGUGUGGUCCUCUUGCUAGAACUGGCCCGUCUCUUCCAGAAGCUCUACAGCAGUCCGAGUACCAGACCACGGUACCAUCUGAUGUUCUCCCUCUCCGGAGGAGGCAAGUACAACUUUAUAGGCACCAAAAGAUGGAUUGAAGAGAACCUGGACCAUGCCGAGUCUAGUCUGCUUCACGACAACGUGGCCUUCGUCUUGUGUUUGGACACGCUGGCCAAUGGGGACGGGCUACAGGUGCACGUGUCACGGCCACCCAGAGAUGACACGCCCAUGAAGAACUUUAUUCACUGCUUGGAAGAGGUGGUGUCCUCCAGAUUCCCCGAGGUGAAGACAGGGUUGGUGCACAAGAAGAUCAACCUGGUGGAGUCCACAGUGUCCUGGGAGCAUGAACGCUUCAGCCUGCGCAGAAUCCCGGCCUUCACCCUGUCUCACCUGGACGACCACAGGUGUGAGGGGCGGGGCUCCCUGCUGGACACGCUUUCUAUGGUGGACUUGAGGAAACUUCAGCGGAAUGGAAUCAUCAUAGCAGAGACACUGGCAAGAUAUAUGUACCACCUGUCCGACCAGGGUUCAGCAGAAGAAGUGCAGAUCUUCAGAGGCCAGCUGGACUUCCACGAGGGUAGAAUAUCCAGUCUCAUGUCCCUCCUCACCUCCGUGCCUCGGGCCACGCAGCUGAUGGACAAAGAGUCCAGCCAGGUCCUGCUGGUCAACUCCCUGGACCAGGAGUUGAGACGUUACCUGCAACAAGUCCACAGGCACACUUUCCGGCAGGACAAAAGGGACCCGGACAUGACCUUUUUUGACCAAAUGAGACAACCGGUGGUCAUGUACAGAGUAAAACCUGCUGCUUUUGAUCUCUUCCUGGGUGGAUGCAUCACCGCAUAUUUGGCCAUUGUUUACUUUGCCAUACAGAACUUUGACCAGGUCUACAGAAAAGUGAAGGCAGCAGUGAAACCUGUGAGCAGCACCAAAUAAGACACAAGCCAGAGGAACUUUAUCACUGCACUUGUUUAAAACAUUUCUUUAUUGAAAUGUAUUUGAGAAAAAGUGGAGAGAAAUAAAGUACAAAGCAAAUGUAAA